AUGGUCCGAACAGUCCACGUACCAAACUGGGUGGUUGUUCUGGAUGAGAGAAGGAUCAUCUCCAGGGCAGCUUCCUUCCAGUUUCAUACUCAAUCCAUGCGGAUUGCCCACUCCUCCCAAGACUUGUGUCGUUGUAUUUGUACUACGACCAUCACCAUAGAGCCUGGACACAUAGAGGAAGUCAAGGGAACACACGCCAUCUUGGGGAACUUCACCAUCCUGUUCAUCGUGAAGAGGGAGCCGAGUCUCCAUGAGCCCAUGUACUAUUUCCUCAGCAUGCUGGCUGUCACCGACCUGGUCCUGUCUACGUCCAUCCUGCCUAAAACAUUGAGCCUUUUCUGGUUCAGUUCCAGGGAGAUUGAUUUCAGCGCCUGCCUCACCCAGCUGUUCUUCAUUCACACCUUCUUAGCGGUAGAGUCUGGGAUAUUUGUGGCCAUGGCUGUGGAUCGCUACGUGGCCAUUUGUGAUCCCCUGAGACAUUCCACCAUCCUGACAAACUCCAAGGUGGUCCACAUAGGCCUGGCUGUGGUGCUGCGUAGUUGCAUGCUCAUACUGCCCUUUCCCUUCCUUGCACGUCAGUGGCCAUAUUGCAGAACCAACAUCAUCCUCCACACCUACUGUGAGCACAUGGCUGUUGUGAAACUGGCCUGUGCUGACAUCCAUGUCAGUAGUUACUAUGCUCUCUUUGUGCUAUUCUUAGUGACGGGUCUGGAUGUGUUUUUUAUUGCCAUGUCCUAUAUCCAGAUCCUCAGGGCCAUCUUCAGGCUCCCCACCAAAGACACCCGGCUCAAAACUUUUGGAACUUGCAGCUCCCACAUUUGUGCCAUCUUAGCCUUUUAUAUCCCCGCUCUCUUCUCCUUCCUCACGCACCGAUUUGGCCACAAUGUGGCUCUGCAUUUCCAUGUUCUCAUGGCCAAUGUGUAUCUCCUGGUGCCCCCCAUGCUGAACCCCAUCAUCUACGGGAUGAAGACCAGACAGAUUCAGGACAGAGUGCUCCGCUUCUUUACUCAGAAAAAGACAUAA